AUGUUGGAGAUCAAGAUGAGCGGUGCCCGUCCUCGUGCUGACCUCAUUGACUACCGGGAGUUCUUGACAGAGCGUCAGGUGGCCAAGCUGGAGACAGCUUUUCUGAAGCAUGACCGCAAGAACGCAGGUCUUAUCGGCCUCGAUGCCUUUUGCAGCAUUGUGGAGAGUCUGGCGCCCUGGACCGAUCGAACGCCGGCGGAGCAACGUGCCACGCGGGAGGAUUACGAGGAUGUGCUGGCGGAGGUCGAUCCUCAGUGUCGUGGCAGCAUUGACUUCAACCAGCUUUGCUCGGGAUUUGCUGUGCUCACCAAAGCACGCAAGCUCGUCAACUACAGGGAGUAUCUGCAGCAAGAUGAGGUGAAGGAGUACCGUCGCAUCUUUGAGACUACGACGAAGAAAAAGGGCCAAAGUGGCCUUUCUAAGUCAGACUUGGACCGAAUCUUACGGCGGAUGGGUGCUACUUUGACAAAGGCCCAGCUGCGGGAAUUCUUCCAGUACUUUGACACUGACGGCUCCGGUCUGAUGGACUUCGAAGAAUUCUGCGUGAUGCUCUUGAGGGUUCGCAACCUGAGCAAAAAUCGAAUCGUGAGUCCGGAGACUUGCAGUUGCACUGAGCUGUGGAAAGAGGAGGAAUUCAGCAUCGAGGAGCUGCAGCAGUCUGGCUUCACUUUAGAGGAUUUCAAAAAGGCCAACAUUCCAGUGUCUACCCUCCAUAAAGACGGAGGAUACUCUGCUUUGGAGCUGCGGCGGGCUGGCUUCUCUGCCAAGGAAUUGAAGCAAGGUGCUGUGGCUCUCAUGGAGCUUCGUCGAGGUGGCUACAGCCUCAUGGACCUGCGCUUGGCAGGCUUUUCAGCCGAAGCGCUUGAAGGCGCCAACCGCCAGCUCUUCGGGUCAUUCUCUGCUGGCGACCUUUCGGUGCUGCCGCGGAUGGCACCCAAGCCAGUAAUCUCCAAGGGCUUUGCGCUGAGCAGCGCGGGCUUUGCCCUGCUGAAGAAUGCUCCAGGCUCCUUUCUGGACAGUGCCGUGCAACGCCCUCUUCAACGGCAGAUGACGCCGAUGAUCCGGGAGCACACGGAUUGGAAGUCUCCUUAUACGGGCUCGAAGAACCUGCCGGGAGACAGCCUGGACGCGUUUGCAAGCAGCUACCAGAGGCCUCAGCCUUAA